UCACGUGUACGUGGAGGUUGAGCGCGGGUGAGGAGGAGCAACGCCGCUGUCGAGUGUAGCUGCGGCGUCGGGGGCUUUCCUCUCCCCACCCUUUCCCGCGCGCGUUGCCUGGUCCUCGCGACGGUGGCAGCAGAUGAAGGAGCCGGCGGGAGGCCGCCCGGAGCCCCUGCCCCACCGCCACUCCCCUUGCCGCCCCCGCCGCCCCCCGGGCAGGAAGAUGGGAGCGAAAUGAGCCCUGAGCCGGAGCCGCCGCCGCCUCCGCCUCCUCCUCCUCUUCUUCCUCUUGCAGCGCCGGCCCGGGAAGCGGAGGUGGUGGCCUUGACAGUGGCGGCGGCCGCAGCAGCAGCAGUGGUGGAAGGGGACGCAGACGUAGCAGGAGUCAGCGACGGCAAGAAGUGGGGGAGCCGAAUCAUGCUGGUGGGGAGAAUCGGCUUCAAGCCCGGCGGAGGCUCUUCGCAGGGUAUCGGUCGGCCAAGCGUAUACCAUGCUGUUGUUGUCAUCUUUCUGGAAUUCUUUGCAUGGGGUCUACUCACAACUCCCAUGCUCACUGUCUUACGAGAAACGUUUCCUCAGCAUACUUUUCUAAUGAAUGGCCUCAUUCAAGGAGUUAAGGGGUUUUUAUCUUUCAUGAGUGCUCCACUGAUAGGUGCUCUCUCUGAUGUCUGGGGAAGAAAGUCUUUCCUCCUGGUUACAGUUUUCUUCACAUGUGUUCCAAUUCCAUUAAUGAAGAUAAGUCCAUGGUGGUAUUUCGCUAUGAUUUCUGUAUCUGGGAUUUUUUCUGUUACAUUCUCUGUGAUAUUUGCUUAUGUAGCUGACAUAACACAGGAACAUGAGAGAAGCACUGCUUAUGGACUGGUUUCUGCCACAUUUGCAGCAAGUUUGGUCACAAGUCCUGCCAUAGGAGCACACCUGUCUGCUAUAUAUGGAGAUAGUCUGGUUGUGCUAGUGGCUACAAUAGUGGCUAUUAUAGAUAUCUGCUUCAUCCUGCUGGCUGUACCAGAAUCCCUGCCUGAAAAAAUGAGACCACUUUCAUGGGGAGCACUUAUAUCAUGGGAACAAGCAGACCCUUUUGCAUCUUUGAGAAAAGUUGGAAAAGAUUCUACAAUCUUGCUGACUUGCAUCACUGUGUUUCUUUCGUAUCUGCCUGAGGCUGGCCAGUAUUCUAGCUUUUUCCUGUAUUUGAGACAAGUCAUAAGAUUUGAAGAUGCUAGCAUUGCGGCAUUCAUAGCAGUGGUAGGAAUUCUAUCUAUAGUUGCUCAGACUGUCUUUCUUAGUAUCCUAAUGAGGUCCAUAGGGAAUAAAAACACAGUACUACUUGGCCUUGGUUUCCAGAUGUUCCAGCUGGCCUGGUAUGGUUUUGGUUCUCAGCCUUGGAUGAUGUGGGCAGCAGGAGCUGUAGCUGCUAUGUCAAGUAUUACAUUCCCAGCAGUCAGUGCUUUGGUGUCUCGAAAUGCAGACUCAGAUCAACAAGGUGUUGUCCAGGGGAUAAUAACAGGAAUCAGAGGCCUGUGUAACGGUCUUGGUCCGGCUCUCUAUGGCUUUAUAUUUUACUUGUUCCAUGUGGAACUUAAUGACUUGGCACCUGUCCCGAAUUCUGAUAAAAUAGCAUUGCAAGAUCCAAGUGAUGAGAGUGCAAUCAUACCCGGACCACCUUUUCUGUUUGGAGCAUGUGCAGUCCUUCUUGCUUUCCUGGUUGCCUUAUUCAUCCCUGAGCCCAGUAAAGUCAGCAGUACCAGAAAGCACAGCAACAGCAUCAGCAGUAUCCAGAGCAACAACCCAGAUCGAGGCAGUGAUGAGGACAUUGAGCCACUGCUGCAAGACAGCAGUGUAUGAGAGCUAGAUUUUCCUAAUUUAAUAGACUGCAAGCAAGCAAAAUCCAAAAUCCAUGCACUGAGGUCCAAAAUUGGAUCAGGACUUAACUGGAGUGAGCUUUUGAUCCGUUGGAAACUUUGCACAUUUCACCCACCUACAAAGGUAUAAUGUCUAGUUGGGGCUGGAUGUCAACCACUUCCUGUGUUUUUGUAUAACAGUUCAUGGUAAUUAUUUUUAUGUAUACGAUGCGCAAAGCCAUCAAGCCCACAAUUAAACUGAAAAUGUAGAAUGCCGUUCUUGGAAAAUAUAAUUUUCAGACAGAAUUGAACACCCAGAUUCACUGUGAGCGAAACACAGCCCCUGCCAAAGUAAUGUUUUCCAUUAUGCCCGUUUUUCCUGCCUUCUGCAUACUCCCUUAUAAUCCUCUUGGGUUUAGGAAAGAAUGUUCUAUAUGACUAACAAUUGAAGUAUUACUGAUGGAUAAAGGUCAUAAUAAAAUCCCUGAAUCAAUAUUCUUACUAAUACGCUGUCUGAUACCGAAUAUUGCAUUAUGACUUUUAGAUGAAGUUUUCCAGAAGAAAUUGAGCCACUGCUUAGAAAUUGACACCCUCACUCCUAAGGAAUCUAACUUAGAGGCAUGUGUAUAAUGGUUUCAUAUGGAACCUGUCUAAAGGGCUUAGAAGAUUUUCUGCUGAUGGAAGGUGCUACAGAUGCUGACUGAUUUGCCAGUGUGGCCAGUUCAAAGAUAGGGACUAAUCAGUUGGAUGCUGAGGCAAUUUACAUUUGUGCAUUUAUUGCAUCAUUUGUCACUGUCUGCCGAAUGAAGCACUCCUCCCCCAUUUAUUUCACUCCUGCCUUAACUGCUGUUUAGCGUGCAUUUGUUAUCCAUUAUCUAUUAGCCUUCAUAUCAGUACCCCUGAAGAAACUCAUGGAAUUACAAUUAUGAAACUACUUCCAGAAGAGGCUUUAAAAGACAGUUUAAUUUCUACAAAGUAUCAUGGUAUAAUUUUUAGAGGCAUUUUAUGAAAUUGCACAGAUUUCUAUGUAUUUUGCGGCAGUGAAAAUGGA